GUUAUCCUUUUUCUGGGGAAGAGGGAUAGGAGAUACAGAAGGACAGACAGUCAUACAUACAGGAGUUUGUCAUGAAGGGCCAUACGCAAGUAAAUCCUUUGAAACACUUGUGAAACAUCAACAGCACCUACAGAGGCAAAGGGAUGUUGUCGCAUACAGGAUGAAGAAGCUAGCAGCUAAGCAGGUUGACUUUACAGUAAGUCAAUGAUUGUCUGGUGAAUGUCUCUCGUCAGAAGCCUGAAGAACACUUGUUGGCAUCCUAUUCUAUUUCGUUUAGAUUCAGAGCUGGGAAGAAGACCAAUGCACUGAAGGAGAAGAUUAAGAAGAAGUAUGAGGACAUGAAGAGGGUUCUGGAUGAGGACCUGCGGAUCACGCUGACCCAGCUGGACAUGGAGUAUCAAGCCACAGAGUGCACCAUUGAGGACAGAAUAGAGCGCUGCUACCACCUCAGUCAGGAACUUGACCAGGAGAUAGCCCAGCUCAGCACCCAAAUGGAGAAAGAGGAGACAGAUGACAAGGAUGCGGAAACGGAGAGAAGAAUAGCAGAGACGAUGAAGGCUACAGAUCCAGAAUUGCUUCAGGUGGAUGAAUUUAAGAAUGAACAGCUCUUGAGUUUAACCAUCAACCUCCUGCUUUUCAUCCGGUCCCAGGUCCCUGUCACCAAGAAACUCUUUCAGAGCUAUGCCUCUGACGUCGUCCUUGACCCUACCACUGCCCACCCGAAACUUAUAAUUUCCCCUAAGGGUGACUUGGUAGAGUACACGGAUACCUGGCAAGAAGUCCCAGAGAACCCCUCACGCUUCGACACCACCCUCAAUGCCAUCAGCCGGCAGGGCUUCCGAGAGGGACGUCACUACUGGGAGGUACAGGUAAGUGGGAAGACCUACUGGGAGAUAGGUCUCACCUACCCAAGCAUCCCACGCAAGGGCCGUGAGGAGGACUGCUGGCUGGGCCGUGGAGACGAGUCUUGGGCAAUGGAGUUCUUUAAUGGGGACUACACAGCAUGGCAUGACAGGGUGGCCCAUGCGCUCCCUGUGGUGGCCGGACAGCACUUCACUCGCAUCGGUAUUUACUCCAGCUUUCCCGGGGGCCUGGUGUGCUUCCUGGGGGCCGACACAAUGACCCCUCUCCACUGUUUCUAUGUCGCCACCUUCACCAAUGUCCUCCACCAGGCUGUGUGCCCCGGGCACGACAAUCAGGGGUCCAACUGGAAGCCCCUUAAGAUUUGCGAUGCCUCACGCUCUGCCCCUACCCUCUGAUGGAGGACGAAUGCAAUGGGUGGAGGGAAUGGGGGUGGUAUAUCACUUUUGUCAUGUGUUUUUUUCUGUGUUAUGAACCAUGUACACCAAGUCAGAUUUUUUUUCUGCACACCUGUCUGGUGCUGCAAUCUUAUGUCCACUUCCAAUCUAAACAAGUUUGUGUAUGUGUAUUUUUUUUUUUUAUAAAAAAUUAACUGACCUAUAACAGAUCAGGCUGACUAGCCUAUAUACAUUUCCAGGAGCUUGAAACACCCACCUAAUGUUGAAACAUUUGUUUCUAUACCCUUUGGACUUUGUGUGCAGGACUUUAGGCAAAGUUUUCAUUUAGCUAAAUUUCUUUAUUGUAAAUUCAGGAUUAGCAUGUGUAUGCAACGUUUGUACGACAAAAAUAACACACUAUUCUUUUUAAAAUACAAUUCUUCAUGUUUAAUGCAAUAAAGUAGUGUUUACAUAGUCAUUCCUUUGAUGUAAAGUAAUUUAAACAUUGUAUUGCCCCAGAUUCAAAAGGAGCCAUAGUAAAUUCACAAUAUUUCCUUUUUUUUGGAAAUUUGUCUUCCUUUUCUAUAUAAUAAUACUUUCAUUUUUCUUUUGAAAUAUAUUCCUGAGUACAAUAGCAUUAAACCUGGAAAGCAUUUAAAAUAUUCCCCCUUCAAUUCCACUCGAAAACAAGUGGAGCAAACAUUCAUUUUAGUACAGGUUGGGCACUACAUCACUGAUUCAUGUGUCGAGAGGAUUCAAGAGUGCCAUCUGUGUGAUUGAAAGGUAUGUGUGGAAUGGGUAACAUGUCUACUCGGUUGCCACAGUUCACUACUGUGGCUUAUAGAAUUAUUUUGUAAUCAUGAAAAAAAAAAAAUAAGAAAAUGGCUGAUGAAAUUAAACAAAGACUGGAAAAAGAUAAUGGCAAAAAAUUCAAGAUGGCACCGAAUGUUUUCCCAAAUUUACUAGUAAUUGUUAGUUGCAAUCCUGUAAAUUGUGCUGGAACGUUGCAGAAACAUUGGAACAAUGUAGUGUGCGAAUUAGUUCAGGUGAAUUGUGAAUGAUAAGAAUUGAACCACCAGUAAUAGCUGCCUCUGCAGAUGACAGAGUAUUUCUGGCUUUGGGACAACAUGAAUAUGCAAUAACAAACUUAAAUCUGUGUAUGUGUGCUUUUGAAGGGCAACAAAGCUCUGGCAAUUGAAGUUAUUCAUGAUCAAAUGUAUGUGACUACCUCUUCAUGUCAAGAAAUGUUCCCUUCCCUCCAAACCUAAAGAAAUACCAUUUGGCACAAAUACUGUUAGCUGUGAUCUUUGCCAAUAAAUCAUAUGCUUGUACAAAAGCUGGAAAAAAUGAGCAAUUUUCAGAUAUAACAGAUUUCCAGAUAUAACUGAAUCCGUCCCCUAAACCUUUAACAACCCCACAAAAAUGGCAGCAAAUUUUCUGGGUCGGUAAAAUACAUAUAUUUCACACAGCCUGUCGACAAAGAUCCGAUCAAAUGUGAUAUCAUUAUUCUUAGGAAUAACCUGAAGAAGAGGCAAGUAUCACCACCAACACAUGAACGCAGAGUGCCACACAUGAACGCAGAGUGCUACGCUAAGUGCAAAAAGGCAUUCUCGCCCAAACGGCACAGUAUCACACUGUGCCUGGAUCAUCCCUGAAUUUUUAGGCCGCUUGGUCAGUGUGUGGAUUAGUCAGUCUCGUCAGUUAGUCGGUCUGUCAGUCUGUGGUGGUCAUUGGCGGUCAGUUGAAAUGCAGUUAUUUUGUCAGCAUGGAGACUACGCAGGGGAUCUGCUUUUUCUCGCUGAAUCAUGGGUCCUCGGAGCAGGACUCGAAGCUGGUGGCCACCAUGUAGUUGACACGUGUGAGGAUCUGCAUGAUCUCCAGCUGCUUGCCAAACUCAUUGAGGACAUUGCAGAGUGCCUGAACAAACCAGGAGCCGCGCCCAGGGUUCCUCCACGACUAGUACCCUACUCUCUCCAAUUGACACUGAUGUCAGCACAUAUACACACACACACACACAACUAUGUUUCCAGCCAGAGUUUUAAUGCGAGUAAAGUCAUAACGUUUAAGAAGAAUCACGACAGCUGUGAUGGAAACAGGAUUUUUUGGUACAAUUUUAUAAAUACAGACAGAUAAUUUGAUUGUUCGUCAUGGUGGGAUCCUUUUGUCAGUAAAAUGAAUUACGCCCUUUAUGCACAAAUAUGGCUAUAUUAGCCAUCAUAUCAAAGUAAAUGUGGAGUCACGCGAUGAUAUGGUGUGUGGUUCUACGACUCGGGAAACCAUGCAGUUUAUUA